AUGAAUGGAUUGUUCCAAAAGUCAAACUUAUUGAAAUUGCCAUGUCCGAAUAACUGUGGACGAUCAUAUAAUCAUCGUGGAACAUUGCGCAGACAUCUGAAGUAUGAAUGUGGGGUACCUCCACAGUUUAAAUGUGAAUACUGUCCUAGAACUUUUGCCCAAAAAGUUAAUCUCAACAAGCAUCAAAUGGCUGUACACAAAAAUAUUUUGGAUGCAAUGAGCAUGUGCUUUGUUGAAUUAUGUGAAAAUUAAGAUUCAUAAUAGAUGUAUAGUUGGUUAAUUUUUAAGAAUUAUUGAGUCUAUUGUCUAGUUAUGUUUAGUUAUAUACAUUGAACCCUGAUGGGAACUAAUUUUUGUAUUAUAUUUCUAAGUAUAAUGUUAUUUAUUAUGGUAUUUGAAUUAAA